AUGGCGGUCGACUGCCACGGGCCCAUUUGGGCUAUCGAUGAUGUUUCCCGUUGCUUCCAACGCAACUAUCUCCAAGUAAUAUUUCCACUCACGGCCUGCGGGCUCUCAUUACUAUUCGUCAUUUUUCGCGUCGCAUACCAAUGUACCGUUUCUCGAAAAAGCGCCUUCUUCAAGUUACUGGAUCACAAUGCGGCUGAAGGCGACACACAGGUUGCAACCUUGGAUGAUGAAGGGGAGGAAAGCGACCUAAUGCUCAGCAAAGCGGCACAAUCCGAGUUACCGACAUUCGAAGUUGAUCGUCCCCGCGGAGAAAUCGCAACUCUAACGUUGGAGAUCCUUGCGCUCGUAGGAGAAGUAGCCGUCUUCGUGGCUGUCCUUUCCACAGGCGCAUGGGGUCGCCAGGGUACUCUUCCCGCCAUCGCCAAGCUCGUUUCCUGGGGCUACAUAUUGUUCCUGGCAUUGGUUAGAUUGCUGCUUUCGACAUUCGACCUCCAUUCAUCUCCCAGGCUGUGGAACCAUACGGCAUCUUUGUACGGACUGCAAUGGGUUUUCACCGUCUUCGUGUUUCGCUCCGCCGUUAUCCACCCCUUGUCAAAUCGGGCCAUGAUCUUCAGCUCCAUUGAAUUUGGCUUGUCCACUUUGCUUUUGCUCAUCGCGGUCACUACCCGUAGAGGAAACAAAGUGGUUUUGGUGUCGCAUGAUGAGGGCCUGGAGCCUGCGAGACAUCCCACAGCCAGCUUGUUCUCGCUGGCUACUUUUGCUUGGCUGGAUCCUCUCAUUCUCAAGGGCUACAGGCAGCCGCUGGAGCUCGAAGAUGUCUGGGAUCUGACAGCGUCUCAGAAAGCAGCCACAGUGUUAGAAGACUUCCGCCGUAGGAACUAUCAGGGCUCACUGGUGUGGAAACUGUGUCGGUACUUCUACGGUACCCUCCUUCUCCAAGGUGCCUGGACCAUCUUUUCGAACCUGUUCACCUACCUGCCCACCAUCCUCCUCCGGGUACUUCUGCAAUACGUGGAGGAUCCAAGGUCGUCGACUGCAAACGCCGCGUGGCUCUAUGCUAUCUUACUGUUCUGCUCUGGGGCUAUUCAAGGUAUCGCCGAUGGUCAGGCUCUUUGGAUUGGACGCAAGCUGGGUGUCAAACUUCGGGCUAUUAUUAUUGGCGAAAUUUACGCGAAGGCCCUCAGGCGGAAAGCGGGCGGUUUCUUCUCAUUUGGCCGGAAGAACAAGAAGGCAACAACCGACCCCGAGACUAAUAAUGCAAAGGCGAAGAAGUCGGAAGAUGAGGAGGAGGACAAAGAACACAUGGCUAACAUUGGUACUAUCAUCAAUUUGAUGGCGAUUGACUCUUUCAAAGUUAGCGAAGUCGGCGCCUACCUGCACUUUUUGUGGGCUAGCGUGCCAGUGCAGAUCAUCAUUGCCGUAACACUAUUGUACCGCCUCCUGGGCUUCAGCUCGUUUGCUGGAAUUGUUAUUAUGGUCUUUAUGUUGCCUAUCAACCUUACGAUCGCCAAACAGUUUACGAAGGUUCAGAAUCGGAUCCUGAAAGGCACUGAUGCUCGGAUUCAUAGCACCAACGAGAUCCUCCAGAAUAUCCGAAUCAUCAAGUACUUCGCCUGGGAGCAGCGUUUUGAAGACAUUGUCAACGAGAAGCGAAAGGCGGAGCUUAAGGCCUUGCGUUUCCGGUACAUCAUCUGGUCUACGGCGGCGACUGUCUGGUAUGGCACGCCCAUCCUUAUCACGUUCGCCUCAUUCUUCUUGUAUACGGUGGUGGAGGGAAAGAAGUUGACACCCUCGAUCGCAUUCCCGGCACUGUCGAUGUUCUCAUUGCUCCGCGUUCCCCUAGACCAGCUAGCCGACAUGGUAGCACACGUUCAAGAGUCCAAGGUCUCCCUUGAUCGUGUUGACACUUACCUAAACGAAGAAGAGACUCAGAAAUACCGUCAACUCGAGGAGGAGAACUCUGAUGGACAACCGCCCAAGAUCGCGUUGGAAAAUGCUACCCUUACCUGGGGAUCUGCCCCGGGCCAGUACAAAGAUGAUCCGUCAGAAGAGGUCGCGGAUGGUUUCCGUCUGAUCAAUAUGGACGUGGACUUCCAGAUUGGCAAACUCAACCUGAUUACUGGUCCGACUGGCUCUGGCAAGACGUCGCUGCUUAUGGCGCUUCUUGGCGAAAUGAAGCUUCUGCAAGGAAAGGUUCACUUGCCUGGAGGCACGGCUAACCGCUCCGAACUCCCGGUCGAUCCUCAGACAGGUCUCAUCGAAAGCGUUGCCUACUGCGCACAAGAAGCAUGGCUCGUGAAUGCUACUGUCAAGGAUAACAUCGUGUUUGCUUCCCCCUUUGAUCAACGCCGAUACAAUGCUGUAAUCAAGGCCUGUGCCUUGGAGCGGGACCUGGCAAUUCUCGAUGCAGGCGACCAGACCCUUGUGGGAGAAAAGGGCAUCAGUCUUUCAGGAGGCCAGAAACAGAGAAUAUCGCUUGCGCGCGCUGUGUACAGCAGAGCUCGGCACUUGCUUCUGGAUGAUUGCCUGAGUGCAGUCGAUUCGCACACCGCUAAGCACAUCUUCCGACAGGCUUUGACCGGUCCCUUGAUGAUGAACCGAACUUGUGUUCUGGUCACACACAAUGUUGCUCUAACCGUGUUUGAAGCUGCCCAUGUCAUUGCACUUGAUAAUGGUAAAAUCAUUGCUCAGGGUCCUCCAGACGAAGUGGCGGCAUCUGGUGCGUUGGGUGAUGAACUCCUCAAACCCCGACCGACUUCCAGGACUACUACCCCCCGUCCUUCCCGCAGACCUUCGGAUCAUGCAGAGCAAGAUGACGAAUCUCUUACGAACGGAAAUGCUACCAACGCCCCCAACGGAAAGGCCAAGGACAGUUCCGAACCUAAGUUGGUAGAGUCAAAGGCUGUUGGCAGUAUCAAGUUGUCUACGGUUAAGAUGUACCUUCAAUCGAUGGGAUCCUGGCGUUACUGGAUCGUGGCUGUGCUUGUUUUUUGCCUGCAACAGCUUGGGUCUGUGUCGACCAAUAUCUGGAUCAGACAAUGGGCCAAUUCUUACCAGACUGAGGACGUCGGGGCGGAUCCUGGUGACUACGCGGCGAUGGCGGCCUUCAAGAUUCCGUCGUUCAAUGUUGGCGGUGUUCCUCGCACAUCCACUUUUAGCGCACCCCAAUUUGGCACGCAGUCAGUAACCGUCAAUGCCAACGGCAAUGUGAAUGUAUCAUAUUAUCUCGGAGUCUACGCAUUAUUGGGAAUUGCUUUCGUUGCUAUUUCGCUAAUCAGAGAGGGUGUCCUUUUCUGGGGUUCCCUGCACGCGUCUUUCAAGAUCCACCAGCGCCUGUUGAGAGCGGUCAUGCAUGCAAAGUUCAAGUUCUUUGAUUCGACCCCCCUGGGUCAACUGAUGAACCGAUUCUCCAAGGAUGUGGAAUCCGUUGAUCAGGAAGUCGCUCCCGUAGCGAUUGGCAUGCUCCAUAGUCUGGCAUCGGUCGUGAUGAUUGUCAUUCUUAUUUCCGUCAUCACGCCCGGAUUCUUGAUCGCGGGUAUCUUCAUCACCUUGGUUUAUGUCGCUCUCGGUGCCGUCUACUUGAACGCCUCUCGCGACCUUAAGCGACUUGAAUCCGUGCAGCGGAGUCCUCUGUACCAGCAGUUUGGUGAGACCUUGAACGGUAUUGUUACCAUCCGUGCCUAUGGAGAUGGACCGAGAUUCAUCGUUGACAAUCACCGUCGCAUCAACGCCUACAACCGCCCUCACAUCUAUCUGUGGGCGAGUAAUCGCUGGUUGGCGCUCCGUGUUGAUGUAACAGGUGCCCUGGUGUCAUUCUUCACCGCUGUCUUUGUCCUGAUAAACAUUGGGAAGAUUGAUGCCGGUGCUGCUGGACUUUCGCUGACAUACGCAGUCACGUUCACCGAGAACGUUCUCUGGCUAGUCCGGCUGUACUCGGAGGUUCAACAGAACAUGAACUCUGUCGAACGUGUCAGGGAGUACCUCGAAGUCGAGCAAGAGGCAGAUGCAGUUAUUCCUGACUCUAGACCGCCGGCCAACUGGCCCAGUGGCGGCGCGGUUGACUUCAUUGGGUAUACAACUCGGUAUCGACCCGACCUUGACCCCGUUCUCAGGAACGUCUCAUUCACCGUGCAACCUGGAGAGAAGGUCGGUAUCGUCGGCCGCACUGGUGCUGGCAAGAGCUCGCUUGCUCUGGCGCUUUUCCGUGGCCUCGAAGCUGAAAAGGGCCGCAUCGUCAUUGACGGCGUGGACACCAGCGCAAUCGGUCUCCGUGACUUGCGAGAGUCGAUUACCAUCGUUCCCCAAGACCCUACUCUGUUUACAGGAACUAUCCGCAGCAAUCUGGACCCGUUCGACCUCUUCACGGAUGAGCAGAUUUUUACCGCCCUGCGACGUGUGCACUUGAUCGGCCCUGGUACCUCUGGCACCGCGACUCCAUUGACCACUAGUACGCUCGCGGAGCCCAGUUCUGCAACUCCCACCGGUGUCACUAGUAGCGCUAUCCUGGACAACAAGAACAUCUUCCUCAACCUGGACACUGCGGUCUCCGAAUCCGGGUCCAACCUGUCCCAAGGCCAGCGACAGCUCUUGUGUCUUGCACGUGCACUACUCAAGAAUCCCAAGGUCUUGAUGAUGGACGAAGCCACCGCCUCCAUAGACUACAACACCGACUCCAAGAUCCAAGAAACCCUCCGGGAACUCCGGGAAAGCACCAUUAUCACCAUUGCGCACCGUCUACAGACAAUCAUUGACUACGACAAGGUCUUGGUCCUGGAUCACGGCCGAGUUAUCGAGUACGACCACCCCUGGACAUUAAUAAAUAAGGGUGACGGUCUCUUCCGAAGCAUGUGUGAAAACAGCGGUAACAUGGAUAGUCUUCUGGAAGGAGCCAAGAAAGCGUGGGAUCAUAAAAAUAGUGGUAAUGAUUCAUAG